AUGAUGACAACGGCCAGUGACGUUCAUGAUACUCAUUGGCAUUGGCUUGAUGGAUCUACAGUUGAUGAUUCAGUCAUUAAAUGGUGUCCGAAUAGUACAUAUGAAGUAGCCAUUGGAGCUCAUUGUGCAGCGUAUGAUGGUACUUUACAAUGUGUCACUAAUUAUUUGUGUAGUACUUUAUUACCAGCUCCAUGUGUAAUAGCAACGUAUGGAAUGAAAAAAGAAACGAAAAAUACAUUGAGUGGCCGUCUAUCAGGUACUGAUGUAUGUGCCAAUUCAUAUGGAGGCGUUUAUGCAAAUUGGUGGACAUAUUCUAUUUUACUUCUCAAUUGGCUCAUACUCUUCUGCUUUAUUCUUUACUUAAGUAAUCAUUUUAAUAUUAAUAAAUUUACAGUUAUUUUAACAAUAUCAAUUAUUAUAUUAUCAUUUAUGUUGAUUAUUGCAUUUGCUAUUUUAUGGGGCGUACAAUAUCAAGACAUUAUACAAAUACCGUUAAUUAUAGUUAUACUUGGUUCUAUAGCAAGUGCACUUUUUCUUAUUGAUAUUUUAAUUCUUGUAUCGAAUCGUACACGUGUACAAAAAUGGAUGUCAUGUAUGAUUAUGGCAAUUGUAUCAAUAGUCAUUGAAUUCUUUUUAAUGCUUGGUCUUAUUCUUUGUAUUGCAUAUUGUUCAGCAUAUAUUUCAUUAGCACCAACUAAUCUUGAUAAGGAUAUUAUUGCAUCACUUUUAGCUGGAUUAAUUGCUGCUGUAUCGAUUGUAUUCGUUAAUGAUAACAGUAUUGAAUUACUUGUAGGAAAUGAUGGUCAAGAUCGUGUACAUGCCACGCCAACUACUAAACCAAAUCUAAAUACUUCACUUCCAUUAGCUACUAAACAAACACUUAUUCCUCGUCAGACGCAAAAUAUUAAUGGACAAAAUUCAAGUGUAGCAACUAAAAGAUAUGACAAAAUCGAACGAGCCACAUCACCUGUUGAUCAACGUAUACUUAAUGAAUUUUAUGCUGAUCAUCCUAAAGAUGUACAUCAAUAUCAAUUGGAAGGAAGACAAUAUGUUGUGUAUGAGGGAGUAAAAUUAAGUGAUAUUGAUACAUAUAGAAAAGAAUUAACACAAGCAAUGUUAUUACAAGAACCACAAGGUUUAAAUGAAGCAAUCAAUCGUACCAAAAGUUCUAUUCAUGCUACAGCACUUGCUGAAGAAAUUAGUCAAGCUGAAAACUUAGCAAAUCGAUUAAAAUAA